GUGUUUAUGCACUAAAGGAAAAUGCCUGUUUAAUAGUUAGUAGAUUCCUGUUAUGUUAUGUAAGGAUAGUAUUAAAUAGACUAGCUACAUUAGUUUCUAACGACCUAAAAUCGCUGCUUUUUGGGUUCAUCAUUGGCGAACUGUUUGAGUCAUUUUGGUUCAUUCGUUCAGUUCACGCCAAAGCUUUAUUAUGUGCACUAACUAGCUUCGGAUUUAGUUGAAUUAGCUAAAUUGCAUUUGAUUUCGUAUUAAUAUGCCGUUUUUUAGCCACACACACGCUGCACUUUUUAACCAAGAGCCAUUUUUAAACUGGCAAUUCUGCAAUUAAAUGGAAAUUCCUGCUGAAACCAAUAGACCGUACUAAAUGGCCUGUAUCACUCUCUAGUAUGUCUAGUAAAACUGGACUGGUACCCAGUGUGGUAUAGGUAUGGAUGUGAGAGCUGCUGAUCCCUAUGCGGAGGGCGGGGCGUAUUUUCACAUUCGAAGUCUCUUACGGAAGACCGUAAAUUGGGAUGCACCGUGUAUUUUAUGUUUGUUUAUUUAUAUCAUGAAUUAUAUCAUACAGCAUACAAUGUACGGUGUUGAAGAAGUUGAUUCCUCCAAGUGUGUGGCUACAUUUUUGUUUAUUUUGACUCGAGUCAAUACACGCUACCAGUAAUGAGGCGUCAUUCAACGUUUCUCACAAGCCUUGCUACAUGCUUAAUGUAAAUCAAUUGUUUUCUCGGUGACAUGCGCCCCUCGGUGUUGAGGGAUUGAAGGGAAGCUCCCAUCUUGUAAUACACAGCAUUUACUCUCUAUAUCAGGGGUCAUCAACCUUUUUGAAACUGAGUUACUUCACGGGUACUGAGCCAUACGAAGGGCUACCAGUUUGAAACGCCCUCCUAAACUUAUCUAAACUUCAUGUAUAAUAAACAUGUUUUCAGAAAUAUUUAUGGCAGAUUUUAAACUACGUAGUUUCCUCAUCAUAGCACUUAAAUCUUCAUACAGCCGAUCUUGCAAAUUUCAUAUUUAAGUAAUUUUAAAAAUUAUUACUGAAGCUUUUAACGAUCCAAACCAAUUUCAUUUUCAAAGUGACAAAAUCAUGCACCUAUUUUAGUUAUCGUGAAUCAAUUUCGCAUCAAAUUUGACACAAAUCCAGUCUGUCACAUGGUAUGACAAUAAUGGCAUUGAUUCAAACACGUAUUGUUUGUUUGUCCAAAUUUAGCACUUGGUCAUCCAGGCUUUCUCAAUAUCCCUGUAGGUUUAAAUGUCGUAUACUUUAUAAGCAUUUUAGCCUCUCCUGAUCUGUGUUCCUUCCACAUGCGUUCCAAAAAUAUUGUACACCCUGAUGUGCUGCAACCUGGCUAUAUUGAGUGUGGUGCACAACUCAGCUGAACACAGCCAGCGGUUAUACAGUUACAUAUGUAUUGCACUUAAUUCUUGUAUAAAAAGGAAGCGAUAUCAUUUCAACCAUGCCAUCAAGAUGUUGUUUUUUUUAACUAUAUUAAAGUUCCCUGUUGUAGGCUAAUCUGAAUUUGACAAAUUUCCAUUUAAUUCCCAUAUAUUUCCGUUGCCAUAAAAAGUUUCCCAGAAUUUUGCAAACCUAAGGUAUAAACUUAUGGAAAUAAACACAUUGAGUGUUCAUAUGUGCUGACUCAUGCACACCGCAGUGUUACCUGAGGGUCAAGAGGGUUGGUGGGGGGCAUUAUUGGAAAAAAAAAUGCAGACAUCAAGCCAUUGUCGUACGUUUCUUUUUUAUUGUUUAGUGAUGACAUGUUCCUUCUCUAUCCACAGAGGUGAAGAAACAAACAUUUAAUAAUUACAUUAAUUCAUAUAGGUUAGUUAUUUUUCAGUGACAGUUAUAACUACAUUUUUUAGCAGUUACUAAAUUAAGCCCUCAACAGUUUGCCCGUUGCUGUCAGCCUAGCUGCACUGCGCCCAGCCUAACUGUGGAAUAUUAGUCAGCGGGUUUGUUGUGGGAAGUAUGUCUUGUAUGCGACCCCUUCUCACAUCCGAAUCCCGUUAAUGUAUCUGGUGAAAACCCGGGAUAGAUGCAUUUUAAUCCCACUAGUUUUCCGUGACGGUAAAGUAACGGGCGUCGUUUACUUCCAGCGGAUAUCAACGUAGCGAGUAAAAGGGGGAGAAUCCCCUCGCGCCAUUUUCGAACGCAGCACUGUUACAGUUUCACAUUCUUAUGGGGCGGCGUCAGGAAGUUACCGCCAAAGUUACUACGCUGCAGGGGAUGGAUUAACGGGGAGGGCAAAUCCCACAGGACACCAUAAGGGAGGAGUGUAUCUAAAUACUGGGGGAUGGAUAAGAUGUUUGGAAGCAUGGCCUCCGUGCUACUGGUUGGCCUAGGAGGGCUGGUGCUGUACCGACUACUGCAGAGGCUCCGGCAGAAGGCCUGCCUGCAGGACGCGGUGGUGGUCAUCACUGGUGCCAGCUCUGGCUUGGGCAAAGAGUGUGCCCGGGUCUUCCACGCCGCCGGGGCCAAGCUGAUCCUCUGCGGUCGGAAUCGGAAUCUUCUGCAGGAGCUCGUCGAGGAGCUGGGCGCCGUGGCGGACAGCAAGCAUAAGACCUACACAGCCAGCAUCGUGACCUUUGACCUGUCAAAAGUCGAGGAGGUUGCCCAGGCAGCAGAGGACAUCCUGAAGUGUCACGGUUAUGUGGACGUCCUCAUCAACAAUGCUGGCAUCAGUUUCCGUGGGAACAUCCUAAACACACACAUCGAUGUCCAUAAGGAGGUCAUGGAAAUCAACUACUUUGGUCCCAUAGCUCUGACCCAAGCCAUACUGCCCUCCAUGGUUCAGAGACAGAGGGGUCAGGUCGUGGUCAUCAGCAGCAUCCAGGGCAAGAUCUCCAUCCCCUUCAGAUCAGCAUAUGCAGCCUCCAAGCAUGCAACACAGGCCUACUUUGACUGCCUGCGAGCAGAAUUGGAGCAGUAUGGCAUCAAGGUCUCUGUGCUGAGCCCGGGGUACAUCAGAACCAGCCUCUCUCUGAACGCUGUCACGGGGAACGGCUCCAAGUAUGGAGUGCUUGACAGGAACACGGCAGAGGGCAGGGACCCGUGGGAGGUGGCCGGUGCGGUCCUGGAGGCCACGGAGCGCCGGAGGAAGGACGCAAUGAUGGCUGGAGCAAUACCCUGUCUGGCUGUGUACAUCCGCACGCUCUGGCCAUCGCUCUUCUUCAGACUCAUGGCCGGCCGAGCCAGAAAGGAGCAUAAGGCCAAAGACCAAUAAGGAGAGAGAGUGCAGCCAAAACAGCGACUAGAAGCUGCUCCAUGCUCUCGUCACACUGUCACCUGGCUGGAGUCUGCCGUAAGAGUCCAGCAAAGUUGCUGUUCACUAUUUCAAAUCAAGAAGUUAUUUUGAGUAACUGUUGGACAGCUUCAGAUGUCUUUCAUGUCCUAUAUGUUCCCGGACCAUAAUCUUACCAUGCGGAGCUGAAAUGUGCACAAAUAACAAACAUGGACAGAAGCCAAGAUUACCUUCAUUUAUUACUCAGAUCCCUGAAAAAAGUAUUAAAAGUGCAUCUUUCAGACUUAAUGUUGUCGAAUAACAAAGUUCAUAUUUCACUUCAGCUACUUGAUUUUAAUGGCAUGGGGCUGUAGUGGCGAUUAUCCAUAAAAUUCAGACACUGUUGCAAGUUGUACUGGAGCAUUGUUGGGAAAAUAGUCCCAGCUGAGGUGGGAACCAUAGAAAACAGUUCAGGAAGUUAUGCUGUAGAAAAACUCUAUCCAAAAACCAUCCAGAGUGACUGAGAUGUCUGUUUACUCACUGAAACAUCAUACUUUGUCUCCAUGUCAUGUGAGAUGCUAUUCUAACGACACGAAAGGCAAAUAAAGGAAAACAAAAAAACCUUUCAUGUAAAAAAAACUGAAUAGCUUAUGGUUUUACUGGUCUUGAUAUAAAUCCUGCGGCUUGAAGAAUUGUUUUGACAAAUCUGAAAGCCAUUUGAUGACUGCAAAUAUACAUGGUACGUGAGGA